GUUCCGACAGCAAUUCCUAUGGUGCUCCCCGAUUUGAGGAGCAGCGACCAGUUCUGGCUUGCGCGUAGGGAAUUUUUGGAUGCUUCAGGCUAUCGUCUUCGGCCUAAGUUUUAUCCUGACUAUGUGCCAAGUCCCAAUAACUCGUAUCAUUUCGAAAGAGCAACACAUGCGUCUUCACCACACGAAAAAUCAUUGUAUCCCUAUUUUUGACGUUCUUCAAGACCCUUAUGACGAUGACAAGCAAAUCAUUGUAAUGCCUCAGCUUAUAGACGUCGAGGAGCCAAUAUUUCAAACUGUGGGUGAAGUCAUUGAUUUCUUUCGGCAAGUCUUCGAGGGAAUUCAAUUCAUGCACGAAAACUUUGUCGCUCAUCGAGACUGUUGGGGACCGAAUAUAGCUCAGGAUCCCACUCUACUCUUCCCAUUCGGCGUUCACCCAGUAUAUACCUUUCGGGACCCCACCAAUCGGCACUCUGCAUAUUACAUUACGCGUACUGAAUGCUGGCCGCGUUAUUUUCUUCUCGACUUCGGUUUAUCGAGGCGCUACGAUCCCUCUCAUGGGCCGCCAUUUGAACCCGUGAUCCGUGGCGGCGACCAAUCACCUCCAGAACACCGGAAGCUUCCCUUGUUCUGCAAUCCAUUCCCCACCGAUAUCUACUUCCUUGGCAAUGUGCUAAAAGAGAACUUCCUAUUCUCCAGGUGGGUCAAUGGUAAACGGGUACGGAUGUCCUCACUUCGCUUCCUCGAACCUCUGACAAUCGAGAUGACCCAACAAGACCCUGCCUUGCGACCAACAAUUGGCGAGGUCAUCGAGCGAUUUGAUAAACUGUGUACCCCUCUGACCGAAUGGCAUUUACGACGGCCAGGUCAAAAGACGAUACGGCGCAUCCCGCCGAUUCCGCCUUAUCAUCCCCGAACAGACACGACCCCUCUUAGCCCGUCUUUGCGAGAGUUUUAUACUCAGAUCCCAGCCUCAUCGGUGGUGCAGCAGGAGAAGAUUGAGGCUGGGCCUGGACUCAAGGCUGAUUUUACUGGCAGUGAAUCAAAGUCAAUAGCUGUGGAAUCGGACGGUUGA